AUGCGCUCCUCCGUCGACGCCGCCGAUGAGGCGCUGGCGCGUAUGGGCUACCAAAGCGAACUGCCCAGGAAUCUCAGCAUGCUCAGUAUUCUGGGUCUAUCCUUUGCCAUUAUGGCCGCGCCCUACGGUCUCAGCACUACCUUAUACAUCACUCUUUAUGAUGGCCUGUCAGUCACAAUUAUCUGGGGUUGGGUAUUUGUUACCCUCAUUUCCCUCGCUAUCGCAGCCUCGCUCGCUGAAAUCUGCGCUGUGUAUCCUACCGCUGGCGGUGUGUACUAUUGGAGCGCUAUGCUGUCCACCCCCAGGUGGGCCCCUCUGAUGUCAUUCAUCGAUGGAUGGCUCACUCUAGUAGGCAAUUGGACCGUUACUCUGAGUAUCAUAUUUGGAGGAGGUCAAUUGAUCCUCAGCGCAAUCAACCUAUGGAAUGAUGAUUUCGUCGCCACGCCAUGGCAGACCGUCCUGAUGUUUUGGGCCGUCUUGCUAGUCUGCGUCCUCAUCAAUGUCUUCUGCUCGCGUUGGCUCGACCUGAUCAACAAGGUCUGUAUCUUCUGGACAGCUGCCAGUGUGAUUAUCAUUCUCGUUGUCUUGUUGACUAUGGCCGAAGACGGCCGCAACUCGGGUGAAUUCGUGUUCGCCCACUAUGACGCCUCCGAAAGUGGAUGGCCCGCUGGCUGGGCUUUCUUCGUCGGUUUGCUGCAGGCAGCUUACACACUGACGGGAUACGGCAUGGUCGCUUCCAUGUGUGAGGAGGUUCAGAACCCGGAACGCGAGGUGCCAAAGGCUAUUGUGCUUUCUGUCGCUGCGGCGGGUAUCACUGGCCUGCUAUACUUGAUUCCGGUCCUGUUCGUCAUGCCCAGUGAUUCGGCAGGCUUGCAGAUGCUGCGCAGUGUGGCCAGCGGACAGCCGAUCGGAACGAUUUUCAAGAUCGCCACCGGGUCAGCAGCAGGUGGCUUCGGACUGCUCUUCUUGAUUUUGGGAAUCAUGAUGUUUGCCGGCGUUGGAUCUCUCACGGCCGCGAGUCGUUGCACCUAUGCUUUUGCACGUGAUGGUGCCAUCCCGGGAUUCAAGCUUUGGCGCCGCGUUAACAAGAGGCUUGACGUGCCUGUCUGGGCUAUUAUCCUGUCGGCUAUUGUUAUUGGCCUCUUGGGACUGAUCUAUUUCGGUUCCACGGCUGCUUUCAACUCCUUCACAGGCGUGGCUACUAUUUGUUUGUCCACAUCAUAUGGUUUGCCCAUUCUGAUCUCCAUGAUUCGGGGUCGGAAGGAUGUACGCAACUCGGGCUUCCCUCUGGGCGCCUUUGGUUAUGCUAUUAAUGCGGUCACUAUUGCUUGGAUCGUGUUGGCCGUUGUCCUCUUCUGCAUGCCCUAUACUCUGCCCACCACUGCCGCAUCGAUGAACUAUGCGAGCGUGGUAUUUGCUGGAUUUGCUAGUAUUAGUAUCGCGUGGUACUUUGCAUAUGCUCGCAAGCAUUUCACUGGACCCCCAGUUGCGGGAGAGGGUAGCCAAGCUGUGGGGGUUAUCUCGGGCGCUGCGGUGGAUACGGAAAACGCGAUGGACAUCUCGGACUUGAAGAAGAUUCCGAGUAGCCAUUAG